CUGAAUCCCAUGGCCACAACUAUAAGAAAUAAAAAAUAUAUUAACCUCUACUUUUAUUUUCACAAUAAAUAAUUAUUUAUACAAUGAAAUUACUACCCAUGCAAACUAACGAAAAUAACGCAUUAUUCAGUCCUCUCACCGGAGAAGAGAACCAGUCUGUUUGUCAGCUGCUUACUAAAAUGCAAGAGUUCUCCACUGUAUUGCCUUCAUUUGGACGAGCAAUUCGUCAGACCACGCACAACUUCCAGGACCAGCUGAAUGUGACGAGCUGGAAAGCAUUGGACCAUCUGUACAAGGAAGUGCCAUGCCCUCUGCCUACCCAGGCCCGGGGCCUCUUCACUAGCCCCUUUGAGGAGGGUUCUGCUGAGCCGACCAUUUUGGCUCGCGGCUACAAUAAGUUCUUCAAUAUCAAUGAAGUUCCGUGGACCUGCUGGGAGUGGAUUGAAGAAAACACACAGGGGCCCUAUGAAAUGACAGUCAAAGAGGACGGGUCCCUGAUUUUGGCUUCUGGUGUUAACGACGGCAAGGACCUACUGGUGACAAGCAAAAACGCAAUGAAUUUGGCACAUUCAGAGACCGCCUAUAUUUGGAUGGACAAGCAUCUGAAGGAGGCCGGCAAAACGCGCAAAGAAUUUGCCGCUUUUUUGCACGAGAACACAGCUACCGCUGUGUUUGAGCUUUGUGACGACGAGUUCGAGGAGCACAUAUUGGAGUAUCCCGAGCGUAUGCGCGGCCUGUAUCUACACGGCAUCAACCGGAAUGCUGUUGAACUGGAUACCUUGCCCAGCUCCAAAGUUGCAAAAGUUGCAGCUGAUUUUGGAUUCCAUCAUAUCAAUUAUUUUGUAUUUGACUCGAUUGUAGAGGGUCGUGAGCUCGCCGACCAGGUGCGCAAGGACCAAAUGCUCGACAGUCGUGCAAUCGAAGGCUUUGUAGUUCGUUGCCGCACUAACAAUGGCACAAGCCCCUUUAUGUUCAAAAUCAAGUACGAACAGCCCUAUCUGAUGUUCCGCGAGUGGCGCGAAGUGACAGGAAGAAUAUUGGCUGGAAAGCCAGUGUGGUCAAAGUAUGACCUGACCAUGCAUUACGUGGCCUGGGUCAAAAUGCGGAUCAAGAAGGAUCCGGCGGCGUUUAUUGGUGCGCGCAAAAAGUUUCUCGAGUAUCACCAGUCCCUGGAUGGCCGCAGUCCGGCAGAGGUUCUGGGCGAGCCAGAAUCCAACUUGGUUUUGCUAAUUCCCGUCGCCACCAUCGGUUGCGGCAAGACCACACUCUCACUGGCUCUUUCAAAAUUAUUUGGGUGUGGCCAUAUUCAGAGUGACAAUGUGCUGAAAACUAAAAAGCGCUCGAAUGCAUUUAAUUCUGCCAUAGUCAAGGAGUUUGCCUCCCACAAUGUGGUAAUUGCUGAUCGCAACAAUCAUACGGGGAGACUGCGUGAGAAUCUAAUCACUGGUGUGCGCAAGGAAUUGCCCGCAUGCCAGGUGGUUGCACUGUACUGGUCGCACGAGAACGCAGCCAAAGAUACUAUUUUGCAAACAACAGUGGAGCGAGUCAUUAGUCGUGGAGAUAGGCAUCAAGUGUUGACCCCGGAAAAAGUGCCUGAUUUCCGUAAAAUUAUGAGUGGAUUUAUUGAUAGCAUGGGGCCGCUGGAUAUGGACUCUGAAGCAAAGUGCCUUGUGCAAAAUGUCAUUGAACUGGAUCCCUUAACCGAUGCAAUGAAGAACUUGAAGACUACUAUUGAUGCGCUAUGCUUGCUUUACCCUGAUGUGUUCAAGCGGCCUCUGGACAGCGAAAUAGAAGCAGUAUUGCAGAGUGCGCUGGGGUAUGUACCAAUUCCGCACAAUAUGCACCAGUAGAGGUUUAUUGUUGUACGAGCUUAAUUUUUUUUUGCAAAUAAAUAUGUUGAAAGAUACAAUGCCAG